UCCGAAGGGGCACAGGGGUUUUGGCGGGAAAAUGAGGGGGUUUGGGGCGCCCCAUUCCCUCCCCGCGCUCCCGGUGCCCUCGCGGCCCCUCCCCCGGAUGUGACGUCAUUGGGGCGGUGACGCGAGCGCCGGAACGGAGUGAUGGCGGCCGUGGGCCCAAUUGCCCUCCGAGGGCUCCUGGUUGCCCCCCGAGGCCCUUUAGUGGCCCACCGGGGGCUCCACAGUUGCCCGCGGACCUUCGCCGGCCACAACCGUUGGUCCAAAGUCCGCAACGUGAAGGGUCCUCGGGACGCCGCCCGUGGCCACCGCUUCCAGCGCUUGGCGGCCAUGUUGCGCCUCGCCGCCCGCGGACCUCCUGACGUUCCUCAGGACCCCCUCAGCUCCUCUCUUUCCCCCCCAGAAGGAGGCCCCGACCCCUCCCUCAACGCCGCGUUGGCCAACGUGAUGGCGCAGUGCCGCUCUUCCAACAUGCCCAAAGCCACCAUGGCCGCCGCCAUUGGCCCCGCGCACCGUUCGACGCCGGAACUGCGCUUUCUCCUGGAAGUUCGUGGUCCUUCCGGAACCGCCAUCGUUGUGGAUGUCCUCACGGACAACGCCCGACGGACUCACCACGACCUUCGCCUCCUCCUCUCCCGUUAUGGAGCGACGUUGGCCGAAGGCGUCAAACACGGCUUUGAGGAGCGCGGAGUCAUCGCCGUGGACGCGAAGGACCUCCGGGGACGGGCGGUGACCAUGGAGGCGGCGCUGGAGGCGGCGCUCGAGGCCGGAGCUCACGAUGUCCUCCAGGACGAGCACUGCGUGAAGUUCCUCUGCUCUCCGUCGGCUCUCCAGGACGUUCGGAACCUUCUGGAAGCUUUGGGCCUUCGUCCCCUUUCGGCCACCGUCGAACUCUUCCCUCGGAAUGUGGUGAACGUUCCGGAAGAGACUCAAAACGCCGCUCAGCGCCUCCUUCGGGCCCUCAGCGACCACCCGGACGUCCUCCAUGUUUACCACAACCUCCAAUAGGGACCUCCGGACCCACAACUUGGGGGGCACACGGCCCCCAUAUUGCCAUUAAUACAACAGAGGCG